CAUGAGGAGUUUUUCAGCGGCUGUACCAAAAGAAGGGCAGCAGAGGAGCCUUUGUAGGGCAUGUCCUCUCUGUCUUCUCUCUCCUCUCUGUGUGGUGGUAUGGCCUUCAACUUCCCUUGAGUACUCAGACUUAUCUCAGGGUAGAUGUAAUGUGGCUUGAAUGCUGAUUUUGAGGGUUCUCCUUUUUGGGGGUUUCUGAGGUUUGGGGGGAGUUUGGUCUAAAGGGGUUUCAGAAAUGCCGAUGUUUCAGCAUUAUCAGAAGGAUGGGCUUGUGGGGUUUGACGGUGGUGGUGAUGGGCAUGUUCUAGAUCUGGACACUGCCGUUAAAGAUGGAGUUUUGGGCGGCGGUGGUGGUGGGGUGGUUGGAGGUAUUGCUGAGAAACUGGAUCUGAAGAGGAUGAUUGAAGAGCUUGACUUGUCGGAAAUUCCUUCAGUGUUUAUUUGCCCAAUCUCUCUUGAACCAAUGCAGGACCCUGUAACCCUUUGCACAGGCCAAACCUAUGAGAGGUCUAACAUUCUCAAAUGGUUCAGUUUGGGGCACCUCACUUGCCCCACAACGAUGCAAGAGCUCUGGGAUGAUUCGGUUACGCCGAAUAAGACCCUUUACCAUCUAAUUUACAGUUGGUUUUCACAGAAGUAUUUGCUUAUGAAGAAGAGAUCAGAAGAUGUACAGGGACGGGCAUCAGAGCUUCUGGAGACGCUAAAGAAGGUGAAGGGUCAGGCCAGAGUUCAAGCUCUUAAGGAGCUUCAUCAGGUUGUGGCGGCCCAUGCUACUGCAAGGAAGACAGUGGAAGAAGGUGGAGUUGCUCUGAUUUCAGCUUUAUUGGGCCCCUUUACCUCCCAUGCUGUUGGUUCUGAAGUAAUUGGGGUACUUGUUAACUUGACACUUGAUUCAGAAUCCAAAGCAAAUUUGAUGCAACCAGCAAAGAUCUCUUUAAUGGUGGACCUGUUAAACGAGGGAUCGAUCGAGACAAAGAUCAACUCUACUCGAUUGAUAGAAAUGUUGAUGGAGGAGAAGGAUUUUCGUUCAGAAAUUGUUUCUAGUCAUAGUCUUUUGGUUGGAUUAAUGAGGCUAGUGAAGGAUAAGAGGCAUCCCAAUGGAAACUUGCCUGGGCUUACUCUCCUAAGAACAAUAUGCUUACAUAAACAAGUCAGGAACUUGUUUGUGAGCAUUGGGGCCAUUCCUCAACUGGUAGAAUUGUUGCCUGCCUUGAAUCCUGAUUGCUUGGAAUCAGCCCUUUUCAUCUUGGAUACCUUGUCAUCUCUACCAGAGGGAAGGUUGGCUUUGAGGGAUUGUCUGAACACUAUACCGAAUAUGGUGAGGCUAUUGAUGAGGGUUUCGGAGAGCUGUACUCAAUAUGCUUUAGCAAUCUUAUGGUCUGUAUGCAAACUGGCUCCUGAGGAAUGUUCAUCAAUUGCUGUGGAGGCUGGUCUUGCAGCAAAGCUCCUUCUCGUCAUCCAGAGUGGUUGCAAUCCUGUCUUGAAGCAAAGAUCUGCAGAGCUCUUGAAACUGUGCAGUCUCAAUUAUACAGAUACCACCUUCAUUUCCAAGUGUAAGCUUACAAAAACAAUCCAAUGAAAGGCAUAAAUUAUUUGCUAUCAUGCAUUAUCCCUUUGUUGUUGUGGAGAUGGACUUGAAUUAUCCACCUGGUCCGAGACAAUGAAUCUCAAAUCAACCAUGCAAAGCAACAAUUAUGAAAUGGUGCUUCCGAGGUAAGACUUCGUUCUGCUGUAAAUACAUCAAGUACUUCAAUUCAGGCAAUUGAUUCAAUAUACAUGAAGAACCAUAAGAUGGGCAUCAACAGACCUUGCUUACCCUAGCCUCCUGACUCCUGAAGUUCUUCAAAUAAAUCCUGGCAACAGCCCAAGUGCAGUACACCAUGUGUUGUGGUCAAAUUAUGUGAGAAGAGAUCAAACUGCUACUGGAUGAAGGUUCUCAUUUUAAGAUGGAAUUCUAGGCAGCUAUUUGGAGCUUGCAACCGUAAUUGUAAUUGGUGAGGACUUGCUCUGCUCCAUGCCAUCUCUUUUUUAUCUAGUUCUCCCGCAGGGGUCUCAAGGCCUGGAUUUUCCUCUUAGUUCAGUGGGAGUUUUGUUUUGACCCCACAAAUGUAGAGAUCAGGGGCCUCUUGGCCUUCAAUAUUAUUCAAUGUGUACAAUGAAAUUACUUUUAUCUUUCA